AGCAUACUUAAAUUCACACAGGACACCAGAUAAGACAGGAGAAGUACUCCAGAUAUAACAGACUGACCCUAGCCCCACCGACACAUGAACUACUGCAGCAUAAAUACUGGAGUCUGAGAAAGGAGGGGUCAGGAGACACUGUGGCCCCAUCCGAUGAUACCCCUGGACAGGGCCAAACAGGCAGGAUAUAACCCCACCCACUUUGCCAAUAGCAUUAGGUCUAUGUCUACAUAAAUGGCUUAGCACCCCAGUGUUGAAGAAAAUGUGUUUUUAAUUCAAGUCAUUUAAGUUGAUAUUUACAGUUAAAAUAUAUAUAAAUAAUGUAAUUGAAUUCAUUGCUGACAAUUUUGGGGAUUUUCUGGCCCGGAAAAUUAGGCUACUUAUGUUUCCAUACUGUAAAAUCUUCAACGUACUGUCACCCAUUGGCGGUAUUAUUCCUUACGUCAUAAUUAUAGAUAUUACCACCAUCUGGCAGCAGUCGGGCUAGUAAAAUAUUUUAUGAACAGCGCUGACAAUAACCCUUUUCAUGGCUUUCUGCCUGACAUCCUCAUGAAGACAGUUGGCAAUAAUUGGAGAGAUCUCGAGUACAUUUAAGUACAGGUACAGCAUAGGCAACCUCAACAGACCAAUAUAGUCACAUAUCAUUAAUCUUUCUCUGAUAGGUAGGAAAGCCCGACAGUCAAAGACACCAAACAAGGAUGGUAGACAAAGAUCAAACUAAGUUAAGAGGCAAGCCACACUUGUUUUGAACGUCUAAGAAACUGUCUUUGCAAGAAUAACCAUUUGACAUAGACUACUGGUUAUAAACUACAUGCAUAAAUCUGUCGUUGGCUAUUUUAUUGCUAUAGUAUAUGCUCAAUGCAAGCUUGUGCUGAUUUGUAGACUACAGAAAGUACAGUAGGGGAGUGGGGUAAGUUGAGCCAAAGGGGUAAGUUGAACUUGAGCCUCCCUUAUUUCUAGGAAACCACACAUAAAAGGUAUUAUUUAUCAGUGAAGGAAGAAACAUGAAAAAAGUGGUAAGCAAGUUAGGUAAAACAAAUAAAAGAUUUUCACCAAGUCAAAUUAAUUUGUGUUAGAGGUAUCGUGAUGCUUGUAUCUAAACCAAAGUAGUUCAUUUUAAGAUUGUUCUAUGCACCAGUUGGUGGUCUCUAUAAGCUUCAAUAUGAGGUCCUAAACCUAGCAUGAAAGUGCAUCAUUGUAGUUGUGUGGGCUAAUAUAGUCAAAAUGUUUGCCAUUGGGUAAGUUGAGACAAUGGACAUGGGUUAAAUUGAGCCAGUGUUUGAGACAAUGGCCAGUUAAGAAAAUUCAAGUGUUGUCUUCCCAGGUGUAACGCAAGCAUUAUUGCUUGGAUAUGAGGUAACAGGACCUGGCCUAUGUUAAGUGUUUAAAAAAGUACAAAGUGUUUGGUAGUUGUCAAGCCUGUGUUAAAAGAUGCUUAAUAAAAUGAUUAAAAGACAAAAAAAAUAUUGUGUUUGGGAAAUAAAGAUUAGACAUGUUUUUAAAAAGUAGUGGUAAUAUUUUAUUCUGCACAAAAAUGUGUAGGUUGCUUAACUUACACUGUCCCGUGGCUCAACUUACCACAUUCCUGGGGUAAGUUGUGCCAAGAGGCCACUUUAUAUGGACAAGCUGUUUUCAAAACUGUACAAUGUUUACAUUAAUUAUGAUUAUUUCCAGGGAUACACAACAUCCUGAAAUAUAUGUACUGUAGAUGUUUUCAAAUGGUUGAAACUGUUAUUUAAAGGCUCAAUGCAGCUGUUUUUAUAUCAAUAUCAAAUCAUUUCUGGGUAACAAUUAAGUACCUUACUGUAAUAGAUUUACAUUCAAAUGGGAAAAAAUGGCUUUUUAGCAAAAACUAUUUCUCAAGCAAGGAUUUUGCUAGGACUGUCUGGGAGUGGUUUGAGUGGGAAGACAAAAUGAAAACUAGGUUUGGAAAUCUCUUUGUUGUUGGUCUAUUAACCAAUUUACGCAUGUUGAAACUCUCGCCCCUGCAAACGUGCCGAUUAGAAGGUUGUGUAGAUUAUAUUUUCAACCAACAACUAUCAGGAAUUAACACUGAUCAAAUUACUUUUUACAGUGUUAAUUGCAUCAGCUGUUGUACCGUAUGAUAUAAAACACAGAAAAAAUACAAAUGUAACCUUUAUUUAACUAGGCAAGUCAGUUUUAAGAACAAAUUCUUAUUUUCAAUGAUGGCCUAGGAACAGUGUCUUAACUGCCUGUUCAGGGGCAGAACAAAAUAUUUGUACCUUGUCAGCUCGGGGAUUUGAACUUGCAACCUUUCAGUUACUAAUCCAACACUCUAACCACUAGGCUACCCUGACACCCCAUUGAUGAUUACACAUGAGCUACACUGUUAGAAUUUAAGUGAGAAUUUAUUUAAGUUUUAGAAGAAAAUUUGAACGCACACGAAAUGCCUCUGAAGUCAUGAACUCAAUGAUAUCACAAUAUAUAAAUCAAAUUGUAUUCGUCACAUGCUUCAUAAAACAACAGGUUUGGGCUAACAGUGGAAUACUUACUUAUGGGCCCUUCCCAACAUUGCAGAGAAAACGGAAAUAGAAACAUAAUAGAAAAGUAAAACAAGUAAUGAGCUCUAGUCAAUGAACAGCAUUCUCAUGUACAAUAAGUGUUCCUUUUGUCCAAGUGGGAAAGGACAGUGUGGAGUGCAUAGAAAUUGCAUCAUCUGUGGAUCUGUUGAGGCAGUAAGCGAAUUGGAGUGGGUCCAUGGUGUCUGGGAUGAUGGUAUUGUGAGCCAUUACCAACCAGCCUUUCAAAGCAUGUCAUGUCUACAGAUGUGAGCUCAUAGAAGGCAUUUAGCUCAUCUGGUAGGCUUGUGUCACUGGGCAGCUCAUGGCUAGGUAUCCCUUUGUAAUCUGUGAUGGUUUGCAUGCCCUGCCACAUCCAUUGAGCGUCAGAGCCGGUGUAGUAGGCUUUGCCUGUUUGAUAUAGGUGACUUAGUUAUGCUACUGGGACAAUCACCGGAUUUUUGAUACUCUUAUACAGAGUGAAUUACAGUAGUGAGUUUUUGUUGUACUUCCAAACACAUUAUUUCCACUGUUUUAUCUAGUGAAGGUUUAUUUUAUUAAAAUAUAACUUUUACAUUUAAGGUAUUUUUGCCACACAUUUUUGGUUGUAGAGUAAUUACACUGGUUGUUUCUACAACAAUUAAGCGUUGUUUAUUUAAAAAUACCUUUUUUUAAAUGAAUUUCACAUACAUUUUUGUCUCACAAUGACUGCCCACGACUGACCUUUGAACGGCACAAUGACUGAGCAAAGCGUAGUUAUUUAAUCACAGAGAAAUAGACAGAGAUAGUCAUUUAAACUUUUGAAAUGAUUCAAGUAUUUUGUCAAUUGACCAACUGGCAUGGUCUUAUCUUUUAUCGAAAUAUAACUGUUGCAAUUUAAUGACCCAUUUCUGAAAUUAGCCUAUUUUUCAAUUCAAAGUGUAUUGGUCAUGUGCACACGAUAGGGUGUAAACCGGCAAUAGGUUUGAUAUCGAAACUAGCUAUAGCUCUAGGGAAUCAUUAGUCCAAUAUUCUAGCGAUUUAACGAAAAUGUUAUCUUUAAUUACAUCGUUUCUUCCGAGUUUACCUGGAUGGCUGACGCUCGAUGCAACCCCCCUGGACAGUCUACUCCAAGGACUUAUCGGCGCAUGUGGGAUCUCUGUUCUCUGUAACCUGUUGAGAGUACACGUAUUCUUAGAAGCUGAAAGUUCAAGCAACAAAAGCAGCAGUAAAGAGACAUCUAUGCAGAAGAAAUCAAGGCAUCAAGCCAAUGCUACAUUUGGGCUGAGUGGAACUCUCCAGUUCUUGUUCCUGUCAAUGAUGCUGGCUGUAGUGGGCUCUCGGGUUGCCUCCCUGGUGGUUCUAGAGUUCUCCCUCAGAGCAGUGUCAGCUUGGGUCACAGCUGGACCAGAGUCCAGUAGGUUCCUACAGCAGCUGCUGGUCCAGUGCCAGUUCUCCCUGGGUUGUGCCCUCAGCUGCAGUCUCCAUUUCCUCCACGAGGGGGCGCCGCAGCGCUGGCUCUGCCUUCUCCUAGCUGCAGGACUGAGCUGGUUCCUGGCCAGCCAGACUGGGCGCCUAAGGCUCCAUGUCACUACACUGUACAAACUACACAGUUCCCAGCACUACUGUGGAGUGUGCAUUGCACUGCUUACAUCAGGUUGCUCUUUGUUACCACACCUGACCAGGGCUCUUAUGCUCAGCUUUGCAGUGGCUGCCAUUUCCGCCAUAUCUAUAAUAAACAAACACUUCCUCUCAGCUACAGAAGCCCUCAGGUUCUGGACUCCACUGACAAUCUGCUACACACUGCUGGUGGUGUAUAUGCAGGAGGAGCAACAUCGCCAGCCAAGUGGCCAAGCUGUUAUAAACACAGUGGUGGUGCGUCUGGGGGGGCUCAUGGUCCUGAUGCUGACUGUCGGCCACUGGGCAGAUGUGCUCCAUAUCCUUCUGUGCUUCCUGGGUGAGGCUGGCUGUCUGAUACCCUCCAGAGACCUGUUGGAUGCUACAACACAGGAUAUGGAGGAAGUUCCCAGACAUUCCCAGGGUAGUGAGAACCGUAGGAGACACCUGACACCUGGUAAAGACCACCAGAGUUAAGUCAUGGGAAGAAACUAUUUGUGCUGGGAAUCUUUCCUAGCAAUAGUCUAUUAUAUUCUAUGAUUAUAAGUGUUGCCUUUUAUACCUAGGAAGGAUAUAAUGAAAAUAAUAAUAAAAUUGUAUUAUGACACAUC